AUGAAGAGCUUUAUUUUAUUGAUUCUUUUGGUUGUAUUUCAUCUUCAUAUCUCAACCGUCAAAUGUAGACUUCUCUUAGAACAUGUCACUAAUGAAGACACUUUCAACGUCUUAGAUUUUGGUGCCUUUGGUGAUGGUGUUACUGAAGACAAUCAAGCAUUUGAGAAAGCAUGGAAAGCAACGUGUAAAUCCAUGUCUUCAACACCCACGAUGGUUGUGCCUUCGAACUAUACAUUCUUAUUGCAACCAUUGAUCUUCUCGGGCCCUUGCGAGUCCAAUUCUACCCACGUUUUGAUUAAUGGAACAUUGGUUGCGCAUGAAGAUCCCAAAAAAUGGGAAUGCAUUUCCAAGGGAUGCAAGCAGUGGAUUGCGUUUGACGAUCUCACAAAAGACCUCUAUAUUUCGGGAUCAGGCACCAUCGAUGGUCGAGGCUCCAACUGGUGGGGUUCAUAUUGCGAAAAUGAUGAGCAUAAAAAGAGCUGCUCUCACAAGCCAACAGGUUUUGUGAUAAUGAACUCAAUCAACGUUCAUAUAAGUGGUUUGACAUUUUUGAACAGUCCACAAAUGCACAUUGCAAUCGAAAGAUCCGAUUCGGUUUAUGUUUCCAACCUCACGAUAAUUGCCUCUGCUGAUAGCCCCAAUACUGAUGGCAUCCACAUUCAACAUUCAACCAAUGUUUUCAUAGAGGACACAAAUAUUGGCACCGGUGAUGAUUGUAUAUCAAUUGGACCUUCUUCGCACAUUAAUAUUAGUAGGGUUAACUGUGGACCAGGUCAUGGAAUAAGCGUUGGAAGUUUAGGCAAAAAUGGAGAUUACGAUACCGUAGACUAUGUUUAUGUAAGCGACAUUAAUUUCAAUGGAUCUAUUAAUGGAGCCAGAAUCAAGUCAUGGCAGGGAGGACAUGGUCAUGCAAAGAAUAUAGUAUUUGAGAGAAUAAACUUAAUAGGAACAAAAAGACCGAUUGUUAUUGAUCAAUUCUAUUGCGAUCACACAACUUGUCACAACCAAACAGCAAAUGUUCAAGUGAGUGAUGUUUGGUUCAAUAAUAUACAUGGCACCUCAAGCUCAAUGGUUGCGGUGAGACUGGCAUGUAGUGAGUCGUUGCAUUGUAAGAAUAUAAAUAUGAAAGACAUCAAUAUUCAAUCAAUUGACGUUGUACAAUCAAUUGACGUUGUACAUCAAAUAAGGACAACAUCCUCCUAUUGCAUUAACGUACAAGGAAAGCUCGAGGGUCAAGUUUUUCCACCCGUUCCUUGCUUGAAUUACUAA